AUGGUUGCAGUUCAGGAUGACGAACUGUCUACCUUUCGUGUCCCAGAGCAUUUGGUGCAAUGUGAAUCACACCCCCCCGACUACCUGCACGACGCGAAAGUCGGUGUCAUAAUUUUUUCUUCUAGGAAAGAUCAUGUACUACUCCUCAAAACAUCAGAGACGGCAAGCCACCCUAAUACCUGGGAAUAUCCUGGUGGAAGCAUUGAGCUGGACGUCGAGCCGGAGCACAUUGACGAGUCAAUUAUACAUGCUGCUGUGCGUGAAUGCCGCGAAGUGACCCAAUUACAUAUAUCCAAUUUUAUCGACGUCGUUCGGGACCAGUGGAUUAAGGGAAACCAGGAGGUGCGCAAAUUCAUAUUCAUUGUCAAUGUCCAUGACAACCAGAAUCCCGAACCGAUGUGGACAAAGGUAGGACUCAACCCAGCUAAGCACCAAGCAUUCCUAUGGGCGGAGAGAGCUAUGGUAGAGGGUAUGGAUGAGGAUAUGUUUUUUCCAAAACAGAAGCAGACCAUACUAGAUUCUUUUGAAUUCGUUCGUAAUAUGCUUUGA